UUGCAACAAUCAGAACACUUCGGUCAUGGCCGAGUUGUUACGAUUGUAUUUACGAGGUCUAUCUGGAAGCUUGCUGGAGUUGGUCAAGUUGUUACGAUUGGCUUAAUUGUUGCCUGUCUGCGUGAUGGCAAGUCAGCCUGGUGGUCACUGCUAUUGUGGGGCUCCAGAAAUACCUACACCAUACUACUUUCUGUGUGAUAUGUGUAAACGCAAGUUUCAUGAAGAGUGUUUGAAGACGAGCGCAGUGUCCGUACUGAAGGGAGACUUCAUGUUCCAAUUCCGAUGUACAGUGUGUGCAGGUGGGGAGGAAGAGUUUACCAGGACACGCCUCCAGUGGAUCCACGUGGUUCACCUAGCUCUGUACAACCUGCAGCUGGCCGGUUCUGGCAUGUGUGGCUAUUUUCGCUGGAAGGAACACAUCUGUACAUUUAUAGACAAACACUGGGCCACAUUCUUUGGAUCUCACAGGAAAAAGACGUCUCUAUGGCAUGGCACAGUGGCGGGAGUAUUAUCAUCAGGGUGUCCAGGGAUCUUCAUUUCUGGUGCCCAGGAGUUGAAGGAAACAGGCUGGUGGAGAUUGGCGGAAACCAAACCACCUAACCCCCACAAGAUAGCCACUCCUGUAAGUAAGCCAGCAUCAAGGAAGAAAGAGACCCCCAGUCCCACUGAGCCACCAAAAGAAGGCCUGCGAAGUCGACGGGGAAAAACAUCCAUACAGGCAGCAAUGGAACUCAAGGCUAAACGGGCAACAUUGAUGGAGGCAAAAGAGAUUCGAAAGACAAAGCUAGCACGAAGGGAGGGUGACCGGUCAGCCACCACACCAUCUCCGUCCCCGAGUAGUGGGAGCAGCAGCAGCCAAGUGCCCCAAAGCCUACUGACAGAACACCUCCCCCUCUCCACACCUGUCCUCCACUCUCCAAUCAAGCAAGAGUCCGCACCCUCCCUCACGUUUACCGGGAUGUUCCCCUCUGGUGAUGCCCCUGUAUUCUCAGGUGUGCCUGCCACCCCCACUGGGUCUGUCGGUACAGGGACCCUAGUGUCUCCUUGCUCCAGCUCCCUGCAUGAUUUCAGUGAUGAGAACAGCAAUGUGUCACAGAGCAGCUACCUCACUGAAAAAGACCUCAAGCUUCAGUCCACUGUGCCAAACCUACUGUUGUCUGAGGAUGUGGGUGGCCAUGAGGGAGAUGACAGUGACUUUGAGAUUGACCCUGGGACCCUCUCACCAGCACCCCCAGGCUCACCCAUACGCAUGCAAGAUUCACCCACUGUACAGGAGAUGCUGUCUGCUAUUGAUUCACACUCAUCUGUAAGCCAAAUGUUGUUGGAGGACAGCAGUAACCUGGGCAGUAGUCUCCAUGACAGUAGUUAUCAAGAGAGCAUCUCUAUGGAUACCAGUCUCCAUGACAAUGCCAGUUGCUACAGCAACAGUAACCAUGGAGAUAACUCACACUUCUUCCGAAACUUUAGCAUGGACGGCAGCCAGAUGGACCGAAGUGAACAAAGCAAAGAUGAUGGGGAGGAGGCAUCAGUUGUGGACUCUGAGAGCGACAGUGACAGUGACUCAGACGUGGACAGACAGGUGGAUGGACAUGCUGGGACAGCAUCUACAGGCAGGAAGAGGAAGCUUAACACAGAAGACAAGGAACCAGAGACAGCAGCACCUGAACCGAAAUGCCUGUUGAUGAGUAUGUAUGAGGAAAGGCUGUUGUUGAAGAAGCUGGAGGCCGCAGCAGAGAGAGCCCCCCUACCACCACAUGUGAACAGAUUCAAGAGGAAACUUCUUGUCAGACAGUUGAAACGAGAGCAUGGCCUGCCCGUGUUUGACCUAGAUGCUGAGAUGAACAGGCUCGCCCAGGUGGCCUGGGGCGUACAUGCAAACACCAGGGAUCAACAUCAGCUGAUACCCGGAGACUGUUACCAUGGUGACAUGAGAGUGCUGGACAAAUUCCAGACCCAGACGUACAACAAGACGAGACUCCAGCAGCAGCAGCAGCCCUCCUUCCUCAACCGUCUUGUUGGCUACGAGGACGACCAGCUACACUGCAUACGCAGUCCAUACACCGCCAGGAUCCUGAAGCCAUUCAUUAGAAGGGAUUAUGAAUCACGACCCUUGAAACUGCAGCUGUUGGAGGAAAUCAAGGCCUACCCCCACAGACAUGACAGUUCAUGGACACCAGAUCCCAGCCCCUCUAUCGACUACUGUUACGUGCGCCCCCAACACAUACCUUCCGUCAACACCCUGUGUCGAGAGUUCUUUUGGCCGGGCUUAGACUUGUCUGAAUGUUUGCAAUAUCCAGACUUCAGUUGCGUGGUUCUCUUCAGGAAGAUAGUGAUAGGGUUUGCGUUCAUGGUUCCUGACGUGAAGCAGAAUGAGGCGUACAUUUCCUUCAUCUUUACGCACCCAGAGUGGCGGCGGGCAAACAUCGCAACAUUCAUGCUUUACCAUCUCAUACAGACGUGUAUGGGGAAGGAUGUGACCCUGCACUGUUCUGCCACCAACACCGCCAUGCUUCUCUACCAGAAGUUUGGCUUCAAACCCGAGGAGUUUAUACUCGACUUUUACGACAAAUACUUCCCCGCGGACACACGAGAGUGCAAACAUGCCUUCCUGCUACGCUUACGGAGAUGACCACUGUCGAUGUAUGUGAAAUUACCUCUGUUAUUGUUAUGUUUCAUGGAAAUAAAUGUUCUAGAUGACAUCA